AUGAAUAUGGGAACGUGGCAUGGUGCUGAGGGGAUGUUUGAUGAAGCCAGCCACACCACACAACCCACACCUGAGAAGCCAGCCAGCAACACCCACAUAACCCACACCCCACAACCUACACUCCAUAAGCCACACCUCUCAAGCCACACCUGGAAGCCACACCAGAGAAUCCAUACCACCAAGCCAUACCCAACAAGCCACACCGCACAGCCCGGGAACUGGCAACACACCACGCCACACAAGCCACACCACAAGCCACACCCCAAAAGCCACAUCCAGAAGCCACACCCGACAAGAUACACCACACAAGCCACACCACACAAGCCACACCACACAAGCCACACCUCACAAACCACACCCAACAAGCUUCACCCAACAAGCCACACCCAACAAGCCACACCACACAAGCCACACCCACAAAUCACACCUAACAAGCCACACCACACAAGCCACACCCCACAAACCACACCCAACAAGCCACACCACACAAGCAACACCACACAAGCCACACCACACAAGCCACACCCCACAAACCACACCCAACAAGCCACACCACACAAGCCACACCACAAGCCACACCACACACCACACCCCACAAACCACACCCAACAAGCCACACCACACAAGCCACACCACACAAGCCACACCAUACAAGCCACACCACAAGCCACACCCCAAAAGCCACACCACAAACCACACCCAACAAGCCACACCACACAAGCCACACCGAAGCCAUGCCUGGAAGCCACACCACAUAACCCAUGCCCACAAGCCACUCCCACAAGCCACACGACAAACCACACCCCGAGAAGCGAUACACCACAAACGAUACCUCAAGCCAGCCCUUUAAGCCACCAGAGCCUACACAAAGCCAGACUCACACCAGCAGGUCAAAAGGUUCUAGAGUCCAGACAGUCUUCACUCCCUUAG